AUGCGGAAGGCGAACAUCCUCAGAUCUUCCCUACCUUCUUUCAUAAAUGUGAUAUGGCUCAGUCCUCUGAUAUCGUUCACACUGAGUGUGUUUUGUACAUUAUUUUGGCGAACAUUCUCUUCAAGCCACGAUCUCCCAUACCACGUGCUUCUUGCGUUUCCACUCUCAGCUAUUAUCGAAUCAUUGGCUGAACCCUUUGCGGUCAUCUCAUUACGGUUCUCUCUUUCUGGUCAUUUUGCUUUUGCGCAAAGCCUCCUAAUAUUGCUGCAACGGGUUUUUGUACUUUUUCUAGUCUUAUCAACUUCGGUAUCCCAUCUCGACAUAUUUGCAUACGCACAGAUUCUGUCAUCUGCUGUGUAUUUGAUGUUUCAUUACGUCGGCUUUCUCUAUUAUUCGCGGAAUUCUAUGCCGGAGUUGGCAUCUUUUGCCGGAUUUCGAAGUUUCUUCCCUCAACCGAGUUAUGGAGUUGAUCGUGAAUCUCUUUCUGCGAUUGGUACUCUCUUUGCUCAUUCCAUCAUGAAACAGCUAAUGACCGACGGCAGCGCCUACGUCAUGACUUUCACUGAGUUAUUAUCACUCAAAAGUCAAGCGGUCUACGAUGCGGUUGAGAAAGUCGGUAGCCUUGUGGCAAGAAUCGUCUUGGCCCCAUUGGAGGAAAUGUGUUUCGCCUAUUUCUCCAACACCGUCAACCAGAAUUCGAAAGUGUUCAACAAGAGCACGGAUACCCACGACAAUUUGGUUCAAAACUUCGCUAUUGUGCUGCAUGUGGCCUGCGUGGCUGGAGUAGUCGUUUCGGUGUUCGGAAUUCCAUACUCUCCUCUUGCUGUUUAUCUUUAUGGUGGACACCUACUCUAUGAUAAUGGGGGUGCGGUAUUGUUAUCGCUCUACUGUAUAUAUUUGUCCAUAUUAGCAGUGAAUGGUAUCACAGAAUGUUUUGCAAUGGCAACAAUGAGCAAUUCUGAGGUGUUCUCACAUGGAGGCUUCCUACUUCUGUCAGCGCUCGCUCAUCUUGUAGUGACUUUUGUUUUGUGUACAUACAUGAAAGCUGCUGGUUUUAUUGUGGCGAAUGCCAUCAACAUGCUCUUCCGGAUUGGAUAUAGCUGGAGGCACAUUCGAAACUUCCUGGGAAGCCGAACUCCGCCCAUAAGCACUAUUUUGCCUACGUUUUCCACUUUUGUAUUUCUAUUUUUCGCCCUAGCAGCAACAUCAUUCACUCUU